GGCCCCGGAAGGGCUCCUAUGGAGCGGGGCUUCCUGGCCGUACACAAGGCAAUGGCGCCGCUGUUGGAGUAUGAGAGGCAGCUGGUGCUGGAACUGCUCGACAGCGACGGGCUGGUGGUGUGCGCCCGCGGGCUCGGCGCCGACCGGCUCCUCUACCAUUUCCUGCGGCUGCACUGUCACCCGGCCUGCCUGGUGCUGGUUCUCAACACGCAGCCGGCCGAGGAGGAAUACUUUAUCAAUCAGUUGAAGAUAGAAGGAGUUGAACACCUCCCUCGACGCGUGACAAAUGAAAUCACAAGUAACAGUCGUUAUGAAGUGUACACACAAGGUGGUAUUAUAUUCGCAACAAGUCGAAUACUUGUGGUUGAUUUCUUGACUGAUAGAAUACCUUCAGAUUUAAUAACUGGCAUCCUCGUGUACAGAGCACACAGGAUCAUCGAGUCCUGCCAAGAAGCCUUCAUCCUGCGUCUCUUCCGCCAGAAGAACAAGCGUGGCUUCAUCAAAGCUUUCACAGACAACGCUGUUGCUUUUGACACUGGUUUUUGUCAUGUGGAAAGAGUGAUGAGGAACCUUUUUGUGAAGAAGCUCUACCUGUGGCCGAGGUUCCAUGUAGCAGUCAACUCGUUCUUAGAACAACACAAGCCUGAAGUCGUAGAGAUUCACGUGUCCAUGACUCCCGCCAUGCUUUCCAUUCAAACAGCCAUACUAGACAUCUUAAAUGCGUGUCUGAAGGAACUGAAAUGCCACAACCCAUCACUAGAAGUGGAAGAUUUGUCGUUAGAAAACGCUCUUGGGAAGCCAUUUGACAAGACAAUCCGCCAUUACUUGGACCCUUUAUGGCACCAGCUUGGAGCCAAGACUAAAUCCUUGGUGCAGGAUCUGAAGAUGCUGAGAACCUUGCUGCAGUAUCUCUCUCAGUAUGACUGUGUCACAUUCCUGAAUCUUCUGGACUCUCUGAGAGCAACAGAGAAGGUGUUUGGUCAGAAUUCAGGUUGGCUUUUCCUGGAUGCUAGCACCUCCAUGUUUGUGAAUGCUCGUGCACGAGUUUAUCAUGUUCCAGAUGCCAGACUGAACAAAAAGGCCAAAAUGUCUGAAAAGGUGUCGAGUGCAGAAGGGCAAGAAACAAAAAAGGAACUGGUCCUAGAAAGCAACCCAAAGUGGGAGGCGUUAAGUGAAGUCCUAAAAGAAAUCGAAGCAGAGAAUAAGGAGAGUGAAGCCCUUGGUGGCCCAGGCCAGGUGCUGAUCUGUGCGAGCGAUGAGCGCACAUGCUGCCAGCUGAGGGACUACCUGACCAUGGGACCAGAGGCCUUCCUGCUGCGGCUGUACAGGAAAACCUUUGAGAAGGACAGCAAAGCCGAAGAAGUGUGGGUGAAUUUUAGGAAGGGGGAUGGCCCAAAGAGAACUAUGAAAUCUGACAAGAGACCCAAAGAUACUCAAAAUAAAGAGCGCGCCUCCACCAAAAAAGGGCCCCCCAAAAGGAAGAAGCGAGAGCUGACUCUGUCGCAAGUGAUGGGGACUGCUGAGGAGCCACCAGAGGACGGGGCUGCGGAGGAAGGCCCGUACAGACACGCUGCCAGUAGCCCAGGAGGCUGCGGGCAAGAGAUUGAGCACGAAGCUUUCGAUUUAAAUUUGUCGUCUGAUGCGGCCUAUGGCGUCCUGAAAGAGCCCCUGACCAUCAUCCAUCCGCUUCUGGGGUGCAGCGACCCCUAUGCCCUGACGCGGGUACUGCACGAGGUGGAGCCCAGAUACGUGGUUCUGUACGAUGCUGAGCUCACCUUUGUCCGGCAGUUGGAGAUCUACAGGGCCAGCAGGCCAGGGAAACCGCUGAGGGUUUACUUUCUUAUAUAUGGAGGCUCCACGGAAGAACAGCGCUACCUGACGGCUCUGCGAAAAGAAAAGGAGGCAUUUGAAAAGCUCAUAAGGGAAAAGGCUAGCAUGGUUGUCCCCGAAGAACGAGAAGGCAGAGAUGAAACCAACCUGGACUUAGCAAGAGGCACAGUGUCCACAGAUGCUCCCACUGACACUCGAAAAGCUGGUGGCCAGGAGCGUAAUGGCACACAGCCCAGUAUUGUGGUGGACAUGCGUGAGUUUCGGAGUGAGCUGCCGUCCCUGAUCCAUCGGAGGGGCAUCGACAUCGAGCCAGUGACGCUGGAGGUGGGCGAUUACAUCCUGACACCCGAGCUGUGCGUGGAACGCAAAAGCGUGAGCGACCUCAUUGGCUCGCUGCACAGCGGCCGCCUGUACAGCCAGUGCCUAGCCAUGUCACGCUACUACCGGCGGCCGGUGCUGCUCAUCGAGUUUGAUGCGGGCAAGCCCUUCUCGCUGGUGCCGCGCGGCGCCUUCUUCCAGGAUAUGAGCAGCAGCGAUGUGAGCUCCAAGCUCACACUCCUCACCCUGCACUUCCCGCGCCUGCGGCUGCUCUGGUGCCCCUCGCCUCAUGCCACGGCCGAGCUGUUCGAGGAGCUGAAGCAGAACAAGCCUCAGCCCGAUGCGGCCAUGGCCAUGGCCAUCACUGCAGACUCGGAAACGCUGCCUGAGUCAGACAAGUAUAACCCCGGGCCCCAAGACUUCGUGCUAAAGAUGCCUGGGAUCAACGCCAAGAACUGUCGCUCCCUGAUGAAUCAAGUGAAGAACAUCGCAGAGUUGGUCUCCCUGUCCCAGGAGCGGCUCACAAGCAUCCUGGGGCAUGCCGGAAACGCCAAGCAGCUGCACGACUUCCUCCACACUGCCUAUGCAGACGUGGUGUCUGGAGGCAGAGUGAGAAAGUGACCGCAUUCAAAUCGCUGUUCAUUAAUCACCGCAUAGCAGUUCAUUCUUCCCCAGGGCUUUUGGGAUGGGCACUCCAUCCCCCGCGAUUUCCCCCGGAGCUCUGGGCUGAGAUGUGUCCUUACCUCCCCCUGCUGGUUCUCGCCCCUCUGUGCUAGGCUUGCAGUGUUCCAUUUUAAAUAAAGUGUGGCGGGAUUACGCCACGUGAAGCAAGCGGAGCCGAUGUUUGCUGCUCAAGCCGGUAAGAAAUACUCCGUCGUGUUCCUAGCACUGUACACACGGUAUGGUAGAACUGAGACAAGGCUGCUGUUCCUAACACUCUCUCCAGCCAUGUUCAGCUUCUUCACCUCCCACUCACAGGGACAAGCCAGCUCACUGGUCUCCUGGUCAUCACAUAUAUGUACAUGUACUGUGACUUGGUUGUUUAAACCAGUGCUUUGGCAAAAAUUGUUUGUUGACAAGGUUUGACGAGGUCAUGAAGGACUCCCCAGAAUUCUUGGUUUUCUCAGUGUUUGACCUUCAAAUUCCUACUCUAAGCCCAAAUCACAUCAGAGAGUCUUCAGACCUCCUCCCACCCCACACGUCACUGACGUCAUCCACACGUCAGUGAUGCCAGCGUCAUACCAGAAGCGCACCAUCUCUGCCGUGCCCACACUCCUGUGCUGACUGCGUCUCCUGCCUGGAUGAGGACCAGACGAGAUCAAAGGAGGUCCAGGUGCUUUCUAGAUGUGAGUUUUUCUCCUUCACAUUAAACGAUUGUAGAUAAAUGGAAGAUCAGUGCAGAGAAUGCAUAAGAAUUCAAAAGAAAUACAUAGAUGUUUAAGACCCACAAACCGAUCUAAAUGGUUGAUUUAGAUUGGCCUUUCUGUCACCACAUCUUCAUGCCGUUUGCAGACUGUGAUACUUGAGUACUAGCUGUUCGUGUGUUCAGUGACAAGCAGUAAGUUUUCUACCUCAAGAGCUGAUGCCAACAUGAAUUCUAGCCCGAUUAAAAAGUGGACCUUGUAGCAAAAA